AGAUGAUCUCAUUAGAGUUUACUUAUCAAAGUAGUAAAGUUUCACGAGCAACUGGAAAAUGAAGCUGAAGUACUUCACGAUUAUAAUUGCCAUCUUCGUGAUUAGAGCUCAGAGCCGCUCGGUUACGCUUUCAAGCGUAAAAGACGCAGAUGAGAGAAUUUUUAUAAACACACCAGAACAACUGAAAGAGCUGAUUGCAUGGUACAAGGAAAACUUUGGAAAACUCGUUAACUUUGCUAUAAAAAUGAGCAAAAACAAGGAUAAUAAUAAACAAGAGAUACAAUUUUUAAAGCAGCUAAGUUCACUUAUUGAACAACUUACACAAGAGCAAUUGAAGGCACCAAGUAAUAAUCCAACAAUGAAUAAUGUUAAUGAUGUAAAAGAUCUAAUUAAUAUUAUGAAUGAGAUUGAUAUUGUCUAUCAGGAUGGAGACAUUUCUGACGAGCAUAUUCGAAUCAAACGGGCUGCUGAAGGAUAUAAAAAAGCUGCUUCUAUAGCAAUGUCAGACGAACGGAUGACUAAUAUAUUAAUUGACAUUCAACGUCAAGUGGUGCAAAUUCGAAAAUAUUUAGACAAGUUAUGCAAGAAACAUCAUCCAGUGGCGACAACUUUAGAAGUAAAUCCCGACGACGAUCUUUUCCCUGUUCUCAGUCAAACAAAGUAGAAUUUAUGUAAAACAAACGCUCUACAA